AUGGCCCUCUACAAGAUAGAGGCUGGCGUGAUCUACUCGAUAUCCGUUCUUCAGGCUCUUCCGUUCCCCGAUUCUUCGACGAGAAGUUCCUGCUUCUCAACAAGAUAUAAGGACCCGCCACCCAGCACAUUCUGGAACCUAUCCGGGAUUUUGCCUCUGUCCAAAGAUGAUUCCGACGCCGGGCCUGGUAACUACCACAUUUCUGCCGUCAACGCCACGGGUUCUAUCCUGUCUGCCCAGAUUCCCAUUGGCUACUGGCUGCAGAGCAAGAUCGAGGGCAAUCUGCUCUUCGUUGCGCAUCUGAGCGCCUAUCUGCCCACAAGGCACGCCGGUACAGUGCCAGAAAGUCGGCUCUCACAGCCUUCACGUAGAGUCUGGCACAAAUGGGGUCCCGGCCUAACGUUUGGGUCGCAGCCAUAAACCCGGCCACUACCUUCACGCCUGCUGUUGUUUUGGAAUGAGCAAGAGGAAGGUUCGAGAGGCCGACGUGAAUAUGACGGCGGUUGAGUCGC